CCUCACUAAAGCGCAGGUCAAGAAACCAACCGCCCGUCGCCAGCUGCAUAUUGCAUGUAACAAAUUUCAGGGAUCGCUUGUAGAUCGUGCGCCUGAACAAUGGAGGCCUCGCCCCUGACACAGCAGAGCCGGCCCGAGACUUUCAAGCCGAAGAUCGUCCAGCUCUACGAGACACUGUUUAAAGCUCCCGACGAUGCUGAUGUGGAGCCCUCUGAGGGCUUCUGGAGAGAGUUCUUCCUUCUGCCCCCAGAUCGGGCCCGGUUGCAUUCAUUGCUGGAUGGGUUGAGUCCAGAUGAGACGUUGAAUUUACAGACACAAACGAAGCACCUAUUCGCACGUGCCAUUCGCGAGGCUUCUUCCGGAGUAGCUCCGGCCGAUUCUUAUGCAUUAGAUACCCUGACGGUCUUCUUAACCAGCAUCCUGAGCAAAAAGUACACGAACCCAAGCUCGGAUGUUAUCACGGUCCUCGCAGGCCUCGACGAGGUUGACCAUGUCAUUUCCGAGUUUGUGGCUGUCCUGGAUGGCAUCGUGCGCAAUGGCAGUAGUCUUGAGCUCCGCCGGAAAGCUAUCAGAGUGGCUAUUGCCAUGACCAGCGGGGCCUACAAAACCAGCCUGGUUUCCUAUUUCACGCAUCGGGAUCUCUUCCCCUCGUUGAUGAAGUACGUCAACGACUCUGAGACACCAUUGCAAGUCUUCGACCCCUUCUUGUUGUUGGGUCUAUUGGCAAACUACAACAAAUUCGAAUUUCAAAACCCCUAUCAGCUCCGACUGGACGACUUUGUCAACGAGGCAAGCAUCCAACAGAUCGUCAAGGGCGUUGGCAUAGCCUGUAGUGGCCUGCGCAAUGGCUACGUCGCGGUCCAGGAUGAUAUCCCAGAAGGCUGGACCUUGACCAACACGCUCAUCUUCUUCGGGCUACGAGCUCUUGCACCAGGUGCAAGGGACAAGGCGAACCCGCCUACGGCAGAGGAAGCGAAGGCUAUGUUCGCCGAUCUUCCUGCACAAGAAGCCGCUAUUCUAAUGGCCACCUAUGACUUCGCAAACUCGAACAAGCUCUUCGGCUAUCACCUGGUCCACAUGAUCCCCGAGAAAAACGAAGAGUCCCCCUUCUCCAGUUUCCUCUCUCUAUCCUCCUAUCUCCUGCAACACGCAUACCGAUCCCCACGCGUAGCACACUACGCCGAACUAAGCCUCUUCACACUCCGCAUCCUCGUCGAAGACCCAACCCUCUGCAAACACAUCUGCACCGAAGGCGGCAAGCGUCGUGUCCGGCUAUGUCGACAGCGUCAGCCAUAUCUCCCGCUAGUCAGCGGAGACCGCGUCCUCGCCACGGUCAUCUUCGACGCUAUGAUUGAUACUAUCACGCAUAACCUCCGCCGACGACUCGACGUCAACAUCUACAGCCACACAAUAUCAAUAACCCUCCGCCUCCUCACAUACCUCUCCACCAACAAAAUCCGCCUAACAUACCACUGGUCCGAACUAUGGCGCACCCUCCUCUCCCUAAUGCGCUUCCUAACAACCUACGCCACUGACCUCUCCUCAAACCACAACAUCAAAACCCUCACCUCCUCCCUCGCAGAUCUAAUGGCCUUUUGCGUGUCCGCAGGUGACACAUUCCUACCCGAUCCAGCCUCGUACGAUGAUUUAUUCUAUAAACUCGUCGAGACAGGGCCUGUUAUCUCUAAAUUCAGAGAUGUGUAUGGGUUUGCAAAUACUUCUACGUCUGCUGGUACACGAGGUGCGGUAGGUGUGGAUCCCACCUCUGCUUCGAAGGAUAUCCACGCCGCGGCUAUUGAUACACUACUCUCUGUCUCUACGCAUUUCUACACGCUCCUCUUCCAGUCUGAUGGCAAGGAUUCAGCGGCUGCUGCUGCAGCUGCUGCUAGUCCCAAGGUUGACGGCGAACCCACACCCGUGGCACUGCCAUCUAUCAAAAAGAAGAAUCUUAGUCCGCGGGAGGUCCACCGUAUUAUCAAGCAGGGGUAUGAUACGUUGAGUAUUCAGCCGCCGGAGGGAUUGACGACGUGGUCGCGGUGGAGGGAGACGGAGUGGAAGAGUGAGUUGAAGAAGGCGGCGCGGUGUGCGGUUGAUGAUGCGCGGCAGUUGGUUGCGUAAAUGGUGAUGAGAUGGGAUGGGGGUACGUAGCUGUGUUAGGUGGGAUGUUUUAGUUGGGAUUGUUGUUUCUUUGAGGAUCCUGUAGAAAAUAUGGGCAUUUGGCAUUGAUGGUUACGUGUGAAUGUAAGCUGAGGCCAAAUGCACCCCAACUUGUGCUUUCGGACGACAGUCUAUUGUAUUUUCGGAUAUAGUGGAGAAUAGGUACACUAGAUCCUCGAUCUCUGGACUGGAGAAACAGUU